UCCAGCCAAGAGACCGGUACAAAACCGCGUUCAAGACGCGAUAUGGGCACUUUGAGUGGAUCGUCAUGCCUUUCGGUCUCACCAAUGCCCUGGCUACUUUCCAAGCGGCAAUUACGAUGGAAUUCCGCGACUUGCUCGACCGCACCGUGCUCGUUGACCUCGAUGACAUCUCGGUUUACAGCCGAACGCUGGACGAGCAUCCCGAGCACCUUCGCGCCGUUUUGGAGUGGCUUCGUAUCGCCAAGUACAAGGCGAACCGCGACAAGUGCGAGUUUGCCCAGCAAGAGCUGGAGUACUUAGGCCAUUAUGUCACGCCGCAAGGCAUUCGUCCGCUCGCGAACAAGGUACAAGCUAUUCAAGAUUGGUCGGACCUCAAGUGUACUACCGACAUCCGCUCCUUUCUCGGCUUGGCAUCAUACUACAUGCGCUUCGUCAAAGGAUUCCAACGUAUCGCUGCACCAUUGUCGCGACUUCAGUCCCCCUUGGUGCCCUUCGAGUUCAGCGACGAGGCCCGGCAUGCGUUUCACACGCUGAAGGCGGCUUUGCUUCAAGCUCCCGUCUUAAGCAUCUACGACCCGACUUUGCCCACCAAAGUGACUACGGACGCUUCCGGUUAUGGCAUUGGCGCGGUUUUGGAACAGCAUGACGGCACAAACUGGCAUCCGGUUGAGUACUUCAGCCAAAAGAGGUGCGCAGAGGUGGAGGUGAGGUGGGAAGAGGUGAGGUUGGCACAGGCGGAUGUGAGGUGGGCGGAGGUGACUGUACGUGGAGGCAGGAGCGGAGGAGAACAGGUGGGGGAAUGCCGAUGGAGAAGUGGCAGAGGAAUCCCAAGGGGUGGGGGGAGGCGGAGGGGAGGGGACCCGCGGGCGGAGGCAGAGGCGAGGUGGCCCCCGGGCGGAGAAGAGGUGGGUGGAGGCAGGGAGGAGAUGGUGGGCGGUGGCGGAGGGGAGGUGGGCGAAGGUGGAGAGGAGAUGGCAGGAGGAGGCGGAGGGGAGGUGAGCGGAGGUGGAGGCGAGGUGGGCACCGGCCAGAGAAGAGGUCGGCGGAGGUGGAGAGGAGAUGGUGGGCGAAGGCCAAGAGGAGAUGGUAGGCGGUGGGGAGGGGAGAUGGCUGGAGGAGGCGGAGGUUGGGGGCGCCGGAAGGCGGGAGCGGGUGGCGGAGUCGAGACAGCGAAAAGAGAGGAAAGGGAGAGAGAAGGUGUGCUGUUUGAGAGUGUCACAAGGGGCAAGAGGAGUGUUCGUCCAAACGUCAGGCGAGAGCGGACCCCUCUUGAGAGUUCAACUGACAUUCCUUCCUCCAGCAUGGCGGUCAUCACGUCUGACCAAUGGCAGGCCAUGCUGGACGCAGCAGACGAGAGUCAGAAACCGCUCUUUCAAAAAUUGUAUGAUGAUGCCGUACAGCGGGAAAGGGAGGUGGAGGCAGCAGCUAGAGCUGAGAGUAUAGUUGCUCAGGAGACCCUCCUACAGGUCCCGGAAGCCAAUGCUGACCAGUUCCAGGAGAGGCUAGCUGCUGCCGUCGCAGCCUUGGUCCGACUGCGGAACUUGGAAGAUCUCGAGUCCCGUAUGACAGCACUUGAGCAGCGGAACCAAGAGCUAGAGGCUAAGGUAGUUAGCCUUGAACAGGCCCAACUGUCUGCCCCCCGCCCUCCUAACCCUCGGUCUGCUGUAGUCCCGGUCUCUCAAUCAAACACAGCCCACAUAGUUAGAUCAAGUGGAACCACGGCAAGCGCAGGAUCCGGUGCCAGCUCCUCGAGCGGCAGCGCCGGCAAUUCUGCGCUGGUCACAGUCCCAAAUGCAGGCACUUCAGCCCAAAACGCCACAGUCCUUACUGGCGAUCAGUACAGCGGUCCCAUGGUGGACAAGCGGGCGGCCACGCUGCCGUCCAAGUACGACAGGAAGGCAGACAUCACCUCUUGGAUUAGAUUGCUAUCGUCUUCAGGGAAACAGGCAAGGGGCGUAGAGGAGUCAUCAGCACUCUCUACAGCAAGGGAAGUUGGGCAGUCAGUUGCAGGCCCUUCCGAGGAGCCUGGAUCUGAUCAGCAGCUUGCUCUUGAAGCCCAAACUAAUGCUGAAUCCAAGGCUGACGCAGUCCAAGUAUUGUACAUUAAGCCUUGGGAGGAGUCUAAAGAGGUCGACCUCCACGCCCACAUGAAGCAUUGGCUGCAGCUCAAGCAGCAACGCCGUGUUCAAGGAACCGUGGAGCUGAUUUUCUUUAAACUACUCAUUAACCGCCGAUACAUCAGUGUGCUGAUUGGCAGUGGUUCGACCACUAAUUUCUUCUCUCCGAACGGGAUUCGUAAGGCGGACCUGGGUAUGAAGCAAGUGGAACUGCAGAACCCUUGUCGGACUCAGGUGGGCAACCAAGAGGUUGUCACUUCUACUCAUGUUGUCAAAGGUGUGCGCAUCACCUUUGACAAAGAUCGCACUGUCACACAUGAGCUGAAUUUCUAUGUCCUGGACAAGUGUCCUUUCAACGCGGUCAUUGGCUUGGGCUGGCUAAAGGCUCAUUGCCUAAGGACCACGUGGGCAGACAACCAGCUCGUGGUACUUGAUGCCAACGGGAACGAGCGGACCGUCUUACUGGACGAGACGCGCGAGUGCCCUGUGACUCUUCUAAGUGCUAACAAAUUCUGCAGCAAGUCCAUGGAGGAGCACGUCAAGCAUCUCGAGGAGGUCUUGCAAGUCCUAAAAGAUGCUCAACUGCACCUCAACUUAGAGAAAUCUAAGUUUGGCAAGGAUAGCGUCAUCUACCUUGGACACCGGUUGUCUGCAAGCGGUCUUCCGCCGGAGGCAACCAAGGUUGAGGUCAUCCGCAACUGGCCUCAACCGGCGAAUGUACGCGAGCUGCGUUCUUUUCUUGGUUUGGCUUCUUACUACCGAAAGUUUGUGCCUAAGUUCUCUGUCAUUGCUCAUCCACUCUCACGGCUGACUAGUAAGAAUGUUGCAUAUACGUGGUGUGAAAAGUGUGAGACUGCGUUCCAAGACUUGAAAGAGGCUUUGGUGAGUCAUCCUGUGCUCCGCAUUGCGGAUCCCAACCUCACGUUCAUAGUCACUACGGACGCGAGCCAGUUUGGGAUUGGUGCAGUGUUGCAACAGGAUGAUGGCGAUGGCCUGCGUCCGCUUGAAUAUUACAGCAAACGCAUGCCCAGCCACAAGGUAGCCACUUCCACAUACAUGCGGGAGCUCUACUCCUUGUGCGAGGCGCUCACGCAUUGGAAGCACUACCUCUUGGGUCGCCACUUCAAGGUCUAUUCAGAUCAUCAGACCUUGCAAUGGAUUAAGACACAAACUGAUCUCUCCCCAACUCUGUCCCGCUGGCUGCAUGACAUUGAUGUUUUCAACUUUGAACUAAAACAUAAGAAAGGCUGCUAUAAUCGUGUUGCUGAUGCUCUGUCACGCCAUCCUGAGUAUUUGACUUGCCUUGUGGACUCGUACGACCUCCGGGGGAAACAAAAGGAGGAUAUGGUCGAGCAAACUGCCAAGGAUCCGGACCUUAGUCCCAUCCUUGAGCAGCUCAAGGCUGACCCCAACAGUCAGCCUGAUUUUCAUGAAUGCGAGGGUCUUGUAGAUCGUCGGUAUGGAAAGUUUGACCGUCUGUGUGUACCCAACCAUGCGCCUCUCCGAACUCACUUCUUAGAUCUGGCGCACGAUCGGAGUGGACAUUUUGGCUUUGAGAAGACUUAUGGAAGUCUUCUGCAGCAAUUUGAUUGGCCAGGAAUGAAAGGAUUUGCUCAGAAAUUCAUUGCUGAAUGUCAAUAUGGAUGGCCUAUGCGUAAUCCCCUCUCCUAUCUGUUCCCCGAACGGUCACCUGGUCUGAUGCCCGGCAUGCAUGGCUACAAUGCCAAGUACGCACGCUUGCUCAAAGUUGCUACAACGGCUAUGAACAAGCGCCAGCAUGCCAUGAUCAAACAUGCCAAUAAGCUGCGCAAAGAAGAAAAAUUCAAAGUGGGGGAUUAUGUUUGGGUCAAAAUGUCUGAGUUUUCUGAUGAAGAGGGCAUAUCACGGAAGCUUCUUCCACUGUACUACGGCCCUUGGCAGAUUCUGAAGGUAGUCGGGGAUGAAUUCGGUCCUUCGUACGUGAUUGACGUGCCCCCUCGCCUGCGCACGUAUCCAGUCUUCCAUGCCUCCAAACUGUUCCCACACAUUGAUGAUGAGACUUUUCCCUUCCGUGACCCUAUGAUACCUCGCCCUAUUGACGGCGGCCAUGAGAUUGACAGAAUCAUUUCUCACGAGGGGAGGGGGAGGAACAGACAAUACAAAGUUCGUUUCCUCUACCACCCGUUGAACGAAUUCUUCUGGAUCGACCGAAACGAACUGAUAAAGAGUCCUCCACGUGUCGUGAACGCAUAUGAACGACAGAUUGUUGACGGACAGACCUCUAAGUUUGCUGCAAAACUCACUCCGUUCAAACUCACUAACACUCUCUUUUUGAUCUAUGCCUAUGACGCCUUCUGUGCCGACUCUGACUGAGUUACUCGCUCGAAGGGACCUCACUCUCGAGAGGGGAGUAAUGUAAUGACCCGCCCAAAACACAGACUGAGAACACUGCUGAUUUCUGGGAUUUGUCAAUGGAAUGAAUGCCUUGUUGUGAU